CGAGCUUCCAGCCCGCCGGCUCCGCGUCCUCGCGGGCCGCACCUCCCCUGCAGGUAAAUGGAAGAGCUAGAGAGCAGUUUAUUCCAGACUCGGAAAGCCCACAGGAUAGAACAAAUGGUGGCGAGAUGGCUUCGGCGUUCCCGGGACAGCUCGGCCCGGACUAAAGUCGCUGCAGCUGAUGUGCCUCCAGGGACCCCAACCCAGGCGCUCACCCCUGUGAGGCACACAGUGAAGCUGGACAAAGAUUCCCUCCUCCAGGACUAUGGAUUCCAUAUUUCUGAGAGCCUUCCCCUCACAGUGCUGGCUGUCACCGAAGGAAGCUCUGCUCAUGGGAAGCUUUUCCCCGGUGAUCAGAUUCUCCAAAUGAACAAUGAGCCCGCGGAAGACCUUUCCUGUGAACAAGCCAUUGAUAUUCUCAGGGAAACUGAAGAUUCUCUUUCAAUCACAGUUGUUCGCUGCAUAUCGGGAGCCCCCAAGUCAUCCUUCCUGACUGAGGAAAAGAGGGCCCGGCUGAAGACCAACCCUGUGAAGGUGCACUUUGCUGAGGAAGUGCUCGUCAGUGGACAAAACCAGGGGAAUUCUCUGCUGUGCAUGCCCAAUGUGCUCAAGCUGUACUUGGAGAAUGGACAGACCAAAGCGUUCAAGUUUGAGGCCAACACAACUGUGAAGGACAUCAUUCUCACAGUAAAGGAGAAGCUGUCCAUCCGAAGCAUCGAAUACUUUGCGCUGGCCCUGGAGGAGCAGUACAGUAUCUCCCGGCUGCAUCUGCUGCAUGAGGAGGAGCUUAUCCAGCAGGUGGUGGAAAGGGAAGAAUCACAUGACUCCCGCUGCCUCUUCAGGGUGUGUUUUGUUCCCAAGGAUCCCUUGGAUCUUCUGAAAGAAGACCCAGUGGCCUUUGAAUACCUCUACCUGCAGAGCUGCAAUGAUGUGCUCCAGGAGCGCUUCGCUGUGGAAAUGAAGUGCAGCUCUGCCCUGCGCCUCGCAGCCCUGCACAUCCAGGAGCGGAUCUACGCAUGCGCCCAGCCGCAGAAGAUCUCUCUGAAAUACAUAGAGAAAGACUGGGGAAUAGAGAAUUUUAUUUCCCCAACUUUGCUCCGGAACAUGAAGGGCAAAGACAUCAAGAAAGCCAUCAGUUUCCACAUGAAAAGGAACCAGAAUUUGCUGGAACCCCGGCAGAAGCAACUUAUUUCUGCUGCUCAGCUACGCUUGAAUUAUCUCCAGAUCCUUGGGGAGCUCAAGACAUAUGGUGGGAAAAUCUUUAAUGCGACUCUAAUGUUACAGGAUCGAGAAUCAUACAUUGCUCUUCUAGUUGGAGCCAAAUAUGGGAUUAGCCAAAUUAUCAACAGCAAACUCAACAUCAUGUCCACACUGGCAGAGUUUGCCAACAUCAGCCGUGUAGAGCUGACCGAAGAGUCUGAAAAAGUGAGCAUGGUCAAAGUGUAUCUUCAGGACAUCAAGGUUCUGACGUUGCUGCUGGAAUGCAGUACUGCAAAAGACCUGGCCUGCUUGAUUGCUGGGUACUGCAGGCUAUUUGUCGACCCAGUUGCCUCUGUUUUCCUUUGGCCUGGGAACAGACAGCAAGUGCACCGGGUAUCUGCUGAGGAAGGCUACGAGUCCAGGACCUGCAGCGACUCGGAGGAGUCCUCCGAAGUGGACUGUGUGCCGGAGCCCCUCGCUGACAGACGCCUUGAGAAGCUGGGCCUCUGCCGGCCGCUUGUCAAAGAGGAGCCACCUCCUGGGGGCAGCCCCGCUCCUGAGGGGACGAGGAGGGGCUCGAGCAGCUGCGGGGCCAGCAGCACGACGGACAGCGCCGAGUCCGAGGCAUCCGACUCUGCCAACACAGAGAGCCGGGGCUGCCGGACGAGCGGCUCGAGCGAGUCCGUGGAUGCCCUGGAAGAGGAUGACUUAGACGCCUGCUCCUCCAGCAGGACCAGCAUCUUCCACUUCGACCUGCCCCACUUCCCCGAGGGUCUUGAUUCUGACAGCCAGGAGGACAGGAGCAAGACGGAGACCAGCGGCUUCCUGUGUCUGCUGGACCUGGCCCAGAGCGCCGACCCUCCUUUCCCGAAGACGCGGUGUGCCCAGGGUGUGGCGCCUGAGGCCUGCAGCUGGGGAGCAGAGCUGAGCACGGGCAGGCUGGACCCCAGGCUGUAUGAGAACAGCCGGACCGACUACUACAGCCUGUGCUCCAGCGUCUCCCCAGCCAGCCACCUGAGUGACAGCUCAGACAGUACAGCUUCCCGACAGGGGCAGGGUGCCAUUCCUCCCGUGUGGGCCCGACAGGGCUGGCUGGAGACCCAGCCCUGCUCCACGCUGGAAACCCUGGCCCUGCAUCCACUUCCACCGCUGGCCUUUGAGGAUGGCAGCUCGGAUGAGGAAUACUAUGAUGCAGCGGACAAGUUAACACCUCCACACACCCUCUCAGGGCCCAGAGCUGCCAAUCCCAGUGUCACAGACUCACAGAGUCAGACUAGCAUUUGCAGCCCCAAAGAAAGCCCGCCUGGCCCAGAGGGAAUACAGCCAAGCCGAAGGGGAGGGAUAAAGAAGAAGAAUGCCAAGACCCCGAGGAAAAGAAGGUCCUUCCUACAGACGGACUACACCUCCCAGGUCUCUUUUCCUAUGGAACCAUCUGCCUCCAGGGAGAGCAUGGAUGGUGUGUGCUACUACGGCCGGGAGCCUUACCUGACGCUCAGCGCCCCCUCGCCAACCGUGUCCUCCCUGCAGGACAUGCUCGGUGAGCCAGGCCUCCUGGAAACUAAGGCCCUGGGGCUGCUAGCUUCCCUGAGGGAGAGCAAGAGCAAAAACCCAGCCUCCAGAAUCAUGGAGAUGGAACCCGAGACCAUGGAAACCAAGUCUGUCAUCGACUCUCGAGUGUCUUCUAUUUCUGCCAUUCGCCUCCGGAUUGACCCCAGCAAUACAGAGAAUCCGGAGGCUGUCCCUUUGGCCAUCACUGUUGACAGUUUCUUGGCAAACACCCCUCACAACCCUGAGGGUUCCAACACAGAUUCUUCCAGCCCAGAGGCCACUCAGAUAAAGCCUUUCCAAAUUUUGGCUCCAUUUCAAGACCUGGAUGGCCCUAUCCCCAAAGAACUGGACAUCAAGCAUGAAGACAGCACCCUCCCCCACUCCACUACUGACCCUAGCCCCGGCAGCCCAAGGCUACAUAAUGUCUCUCAAGGAGAUACAUCGGAGCAGGAAGGUGUCCACCUAGAAACGGGGUUGGGAUCUUUUUUAAUAAGUCAUAUGCAAGAACCUGCCACCAAGUACACAGAGCCCUUGCCUCUUGGAGCUGGCCUCACAAAUGGGGAGUGUGGGGUGAAAUCAGAAGAUGUGGCUUCUCUCCCUACACAGGAGGAGCAACAAGGACAGCCAUCUUUGGAAUGUGACAGUGAAGUUACAAACAAAAAUGGUCCCAAUUUAUUCCUGGAGGGAGCUGGGAAGAAGUCACGUGACCUCAAGAGUGCCGGGUCUGACGCUAUUCUGCAGGCUCCUGAUGUGAGUACUCCAGCAGGCAGAAUAAUCACCUCCCUGCCCUUGGAGGCUCCUGGAACAGGGACUGAGCAGACCCCACUCCAUUCCCCCAAAAGUCCCGGAGGAAAAAGCAGAGAUGCCCUAGGCCAGGCCUGCCAAGCCCAAGAGCGAGAACUAUUGGUAGAACUGGACUUGGGCCCUAAUUUCUUACUUGGGGAGCAGAUCAUUCCAUCAGCCUUCCCUCCAGAAAGGGUCCCAGUGGAAUCACCUAAGCACAUGGCAGGGGAAGGUGCUGCUCCUGGGCACAAUCCUCCACAGGCCUGUGUUCCUCCAGCUCCUUCGUGGUCUAAGACCCCCCCAUGUCAAGAGGAACCCCACUCAGCAACUUCAAGCCAUUGUUCACCACCGGAAAGCAAAGGGGAUGGUUCCAGCAUUUGCCUUCCUACUGAGAAGUCUUUCCUGUGCUUUGCCCCAGAGAGCAACCCUGAGGUUUCGGCUAGAUUCAAGAGGGCCAUGUCCUUGGGUUUUGCAGGCAGGAGUGAGGUGGUGGACCCCGGGAUGGGGAUGGAGCAGUGCAGCUGCCAGCUCUCCUAUGCCACAUGCUUCCGUGGCCUGCAGCCUGACACAGAGGAGGAAGAUAGGAACCCACAAGCACACCCCGCUGUCCCCCUCACCUCGCCACCCUCUGCUGGAAACAGGCUGGUCUUGCCCUGGAGGGCGGCCCGUUCCCACAGCUGCAGCACCACACCCCUAUUCAGGAAGAGCCACAUCUGGCCAGAGUACUGCUCCAGGACACUGAGACAGCUGAAAGCUGUCCCUGCCAGUACCCCCGAGGGCUUCAUCCAACUUGUGGAGAGCUUGCUAGAACUCCAAGACAUCGUAGGAGCUUCCUGGGGAGUUGGGAACAAACACCCCCCAGAGAAGUGCACCUGGCACUUUUCAGAAAGCCGGAGCCGCCUCUGCAUGGGCUCCCAGAAGCUCUUGUCAAGUUGUCAGCAUGUGAUCAGAAUGGACCAGUCCCCUGAGGAGAUGCAGGGUGCCCUGCGUGACACCUUUCAGCACCUGGUCCAACUGGCAGGCCUGUGUUUCCAAUUCACAGACUGCAGCCGCUGCUCCGCCCGCCACAGGGAAGCAGCGGGGAACCUGAGGGAUGUGGUGUACACUUACCACCAGUUCUUGGAGGCUGCAAAAUUGACCUGUGAGAGAGGCUACCAUGACCUCAGUGUGAAACUCUUAGCUCGCCAGUGCACAGCUCUCACAGCUGCUGUGUUCUGUUUGACCCAGAGGUUCCGGGCAUCCACUGCUCUGUGAACAGGUCAUCAAAUCCAGGGCCUCUUGCCCUGCCCCUGGACACUUCUCCAAGAAGUGUCCUCUACCCACCCCCUUCAAAUGUUUACUAUAUAGAGUAUUCAAAUAAACUGCUGCUUAAUCUUGACCUGAUUCAUAUAGAGUGAUGAUAAGUUCGGAUGAAAAACAUUCACCCGGGGCCAGAGAGAUGGCUCAGUGGCUAACGGUGCUUGCUUGUAAAGCCUAAAAGCCUGACGGCCUGUGUUGGAUUCUCCAGCACCACGUAAACCCAGAUGCACCAAGUGCUAUAUAUGUCUGGAGUUUGUUUGCAGUGGUAGGAGGUUCUAGUAUGCCCAUACUCACUCUCUUUUUUUGUCUGCCUCUUUCUAUCUUUCUCUCUAAUAAAUAAAACUAUUUAAAUUUAAAAGAAAAAUCCAUUCACUCAUUGAACAUUCACUUCUUUGUGUCAGGCCUGACUGAGCACUCAGGAAUUAGCAGGCAAAACCCACAAGCCCUGCCUCACCGGAUCAGAGUGCUCAGACACUCUAGAUACAGAUGAGCAGAUGGCCCUGUGUGAACUGGGCUUUUACCAACAGUGGAGCAGAUGCGGGGGGUAUGGGCAAGACAAAGCCAAAGACUUUGUCCGAAGAAGGCAGUAAUGAAGCCGGGUGUGAUGGUGCAUGCCUUUAAUCCUAGCACCCGGCAGGCAGAGGUAGAAAGAUCGCUGUGAGUUCAAGGCCACCCUGAUGUUACAUAGUGAAUUCUAGGUCAGCCUGAGCUAGAGCAAGACUCUACCUCAAAAAGGGGGGAGGGGCAGGAAUGACAGAGGCCAUUGAAAAACAGUCUUCAUUUCUCCUGCCAUGCUGAUUUCAUGGUAACUCUUCAAAAACAGACGUGAACACAUGUGCUAUUUCAUUGACUCUACCUUCCCAAGGUUGAAGCUACAGCAAUGGCACCGCCAAGAGCGGGCAUUUCUUUACUACGUCACUGCAAUGAGCAGAGAUUGCCACUGGGUGGCAGUAAGUUCCUUAGCUGCACUGCCACUCCCUUGCAAGAAUAUCCUGCGCUUUAACUGAAAUUGCAUCCCGGAUUCUUAUAUCCUGUUUCUGUCUUAAAUAUACCAAAGAAGACAUGAAAUUCCUUGCAUUACAUGUGUCUCUUAGAGAAUAUUAGAGCAACAGAAAUAUAGUCACCUCUUUUUCCACUUGCCCCAGCAUAUCCAGUUACUCCCAGUUACCCAUCACAGACCUGGGCCAAACUGCUUAACUGCUCCAUGUUUUGGUUUUGUCUUCUGAAGAUGUACAUACUAAUAUUGCCCACGUGCACAGAAAUCUGGGAAACAAUCUGUAAAAUCUCAGCAAAGAGGUAGCAACCUUCAACUUUAGUGGGUUGUUGCCCUUGUCUGCAAGCCUCCCUGACACUUUUGUUUUCCCACUCACGGGAAACCCAUUAAUGACUCCUCUAGGACAUCUUUUGCCCUGGCUUCUCUUUCUGGCUAAAGGUGGAUUAGUGGCUCACGUUGGGCUACCAGAGGUAAUCAAAAGGGUCCCUUUUGGGCUGGAGAGAUGGCUUAGCGGUUAAGCGCUUGCCUGUGAAGCCUAAGGACCCCUGUUCGAGGCUUGGUUCCCCAGGUCCCACGUUAGCCAGAUGCACAA